AUGACCAUCAUCAUCAUCAUCAUACUGCGGAACAACCGAUCAACCAACGAUCGCCUCGCGCCCGGAAUUGCUUCCGAGGCACUUGAGAAGCGGCUGGCUCGCCCGGUCUCCCAGGCAGCGCCGUUCCUACUGCUCUGGAACGCAAGCCGGGCGCACGUCGACGCAAGGAAGUGCAACGCCAGGUCCCACGGGCACGGCCGCCUCCAUCGAGACAGCUGCGCCAUGAUUUUCUCCAGCACUUGCAACUUCUCGGCCGUGGCGGCCGUGGUGGUGCUGACUCCCCUGUCGUGGCCCUUCGUGCUGUGUUUUUCGUGCCGGGUGGCGACGUGGAUGUACCGUCUGUACCUGAUCGCACUGGUAGCCAUUGUGGCGUUCGCCAUUUGCUAUCCGAGCCGCCGGCAGGGCCUCGUGAACGACCUGUACCGCUACUCCGUGCCGCCGGACUUCGACGCGGACAUCCUGGAGGAGGAGCCGUCUCACGGAUGCAGAGGCGUGGCCAGCGCGGACUCCCUCGGCUUCAAGUCAUCGGAGCACGUGUCCGUCGCCGAGGCCAAGCGGCAGAAGGCGUAA